GAAGCCCUUGAGAUCUGCAUCGAGCAUAUUCACCCCCGGCCCCCGAAGUGGACUUUGGACUUUUUGGGGGAUCGUGUCGAUCCGUUUCCCCUCAAAUUUAGCAUUUGUGAUCCCCGAAGUGGCUCCGAAGUGGUGUUGCGGCUCCUCUUCCCCGGCGGAUCCGGAGAUCGGAGCCUCUGCACCGGGCGGAGGCGGAGCCGCGGCGACCUCCGAGGCUCCAAAGAGCGGCCGCGUCAGGAGGAUGGUGCGACUGGCUGCAGAGCUCCUGCUGCUCCUGGGUCUUCUCCUCCUCACCUUGCACAUCACCGUGCUCCGGAGCAGCCCUCUGCCGCCGGCCAACGUCACCCGGAGCCAGGAUCAGAGCGAGAACAUCAUCCACGCGAAAAGCAGCUCAUUCGGCCAACUGGCUCCUGAAGACUCCUGGCGGUCUGGAGCAGACCGUCGCUUUGCCCACCGUUCUGCCGCCCUUCCGUGGGUACAAGGCACUGGCAGUAACAUUCACAAAGAUGGCCCUGGAUCUUUCCUCCUGGAUCUGCAGAAUUUCCCUGACCUCUCCAAAGCCGAUAUCAAUGGGCAGAAUCCAAACAUACAGGUGACAAUUGAGGUUGUGGAUGGAUUGGAGGCGCACGAGGCAGAAAAAGGCCACCGCAAGGAGAAUAAACCCAACUGGGCUUCUCCCAACUGGAGAAACUGGUGGCCUCACACCUCCACCACUAAUCAAGGGCGGGAACAUGACCGCUCCUUGGGAAGCAACAAUGAGGACAGCAACUUCCUGAGGCCGCUGGUGGACUGGGACCAGAGAGGAGGCACGGGAGACAGAGCCAAUCCCCAAAUAGAAUAUGACUACAUGGAUGGAGAGGGGGACUGGAGUAACUGGUCACUGUGCAGCGUCACCUGUGGAAAUGGCAACCAGAAGAGAACCAGGUCUUGUGGUUAUGCCUGUACUGCCACAGAGUCCAGAACCUGUGAUACGCCAAACUGUCCAGGUAUUGAAGACGCCUUUAAGACAGCAGCGACUGAAGUGAGCCUCCUUGCCGGAACAGAUAAUUUCAAUGCCAGUGAGCUCUUUGGUGUUGACACAGACAGCUGUGAGCGAUGGAUGAAUUGCAAAAGCGACUUCUUGAAGAAAUACUUGACCAAAGUGGACAAUGACCUUCCUAGCUGCCCUUGUUCAUACCCAACUGAGGUGGCAUACAGCACUGCGAAUGUGCGUGACGCUCCUUCACGCCGAAAUUUUCGCUGGAAAGAUGCUAGUGGCCCAAAAGAGAAACUUGAGAUCUACAAACCCACCGCCCGUUACUGUAUUCGCUCCAUGCUGACGCUGGAGUCCACCACACUGGCUGCGCAGCACUGUUGCUAUGACGACAGCAUGAAGCUCAUCACACGGGGCAAAGGGGCCGGAACACCCAAUCUCAUCAGUACGGAGUUCUCGGCCGACCUGCACUACAAAGUAGACAUCUUGCCCUGGAUCAUAUGCAAGGGAGACUGGAGUCGCUAUAACCAAGCCAGGCCACCAAACAAUGGACAAAAGUGUCACAACAACCCCAAGGAAGAGGAUUAUUACAAGCAGUUUGAAGAAGCAAGGGAGUUCUAAGCCCUGAAUUCACACAAACUCAAAAAUGGUGAUGGAAACGUUUUGCAUUGUUUUCACACAAACAUUGAGGCUCCGAGGAAUGAGACUUACUGGUCCUCUUGAAGCAAGAGGACCUACAACAGAUGAAAACAUUCUUUGGAUACCGUCACUUUUUUCCUCCAUCAGGCACUGAAGGAUGUGGCAUCUUAACAUCACUUUAAAAUAUACUUCUGAAAACUAAAGAUUCCUUUGAUGUUAAUUCCAUCCAUCAAUAAAGGGAGUUUCUAUUAUUUAAAGGGAAAAUAAUAUUAGCUAGAAAUGUAAACUAUUUGCAAAUUUGUCUCUUGUAUGUCUGGAAAAUAUCUUUGGUUAUAGACUAAGGGAAUCGUUCAGGACUGUUCCAUGGUUUUAGCAAAAUACUUCCCAUUUUGUCAUUGGCAAUAUUCAGGUUCUCAUUUAUGUAAGCUUGUGAGUGUUAAUUCAGCAUGUACAGUGCCGCUAUACUUCGUCUGUCUGAGGAACGCCUCCAUUGUAAAAAGUAUGGAUUUUCUCUGUAAAGUAUUUAUUUUAAAAGUUGAUAUUGCUCCUUUGGUCAUCUGUGAAUUGCCUUUAGUUCACAAAUCCCUGAAUGCUCAUUUGAUACUCUUUUUCAGCUUUUAUCUUGCCACCAAAGUUCCGUCUUGAGUUAAAAAAAAAAAAACAGAGUUAAAUGCGUGUGAAUGGAAUAUUAUGAAA